GUCGGCACCAGCCGGCGUCUCCAAUGGCAAGUGUGUGCAGUUAGAGGCGAGCGGGGGCUUUCAGCAAAGGCUGUCGGGUGUUUGCAGACCGGGGCGAGCCCCUGUGAAAGCAGAUAAAAGAAAACAUUUAUUAACGUGUCAUUACUAGGGGUGCACUAGCUCCCGCCCCAAGAACGCGGGGCUCCGUCCAGCUCUGAGGGAGGAGAAAAAGAAAGGCGAAAAGAGGCACGGAUGCUCUCCGUUCCCGGCCAAGUGGACCUGGUCGAUGGCCCUCCGGACUUUAUUACGAUAUCUGAUUUAUUAGCAAUGCCCCCUGUCUCUGUGACACACACACACACGCGCGCGCGGCGCUGGCUCGCGUCCCUCCCCCGUUUCCAGCUCCUGGGCGAAUCCCACAUCUGUUUCAACUCUCCGCCGAGGGCAAGCGGGAGCGAGUGUGUGUCGGGUGAAGGGGGACCAGGGAAGGGAAGAAGCCCACCCACAAAACACAGCUGCAGCCUCCGCCUCCCUAAAGAAGCGGGAGCCAGCCACAGUCUAGGAUGGCGUCCCCUAGCCUGCCACGCUGGCUGCUGUCUGCUGCCCUCUUCUCCCUGCUGGGCGGGAGCUCGGCCUUCCUGUCCCACCACCGCCUGAAAGGCCGAUUCCAGAGGGACCGCAGGAAUAUCCGGCCUAAUGUCAUCCUCGUGCUCACUGAUGACCAGGACGUGGAGCUGGGGUCCAUGCAGGUGAUGAACAAGACCCGGCGCAUCAUGGAGCAGGGCGGGGCGCACUUCAUCAACGCCUUCGUGACCACGCCCAUGUGCUGUCCCUCCCGCUCGUCCAUCCUCACCGGCAAGUACGUACACAACCAUAACACCUACACCAACAAUGAGAACUGCUCGUCGCCCUCCUGGCAGGCGCAGCACGAGAGCCGCACCUUUGCCGUGUACCUCAACAGCACAGGCUACCGCACAGCUUUCUUCGGGAAGUACCUCAAUGAGUACAACGGCUCAUAUGUGCCGCCUGGCUGGAAGGAGUGGGUCGGGCUCCUUAAAAACUCCCGCUUUUACAACUACACACUCUGCCGGAACGGGGUGAAGGAGAAACACGGCUUUGACUACUCCAAGGACUACCUCACAGACCUCAUUACCAACGACAGUGUGAGUUUCUUCCGCACAUCCAAGAAGAUGUACCCGCACAGGCCCGUCCUCAUGGUCAUCAGCCAUGCGGCCCCCCACGGCCCCGAGGACUCAGCCCCUCAGUACUCACGCCUCUUUCCCAACGCGUCCCAGCACAUCACGCCAAGCUACAACUACGCACCCAACCCCGACAAGCACUGGAUCCUGCGUUACACGGGGCCCAUGAAGCCCAUCCACAUGGAGUUCACCAACGUGCUGCAGCGGAAGCGCCUGCAGACGCUCAUGUCCGUGGACGACUCCAUGGAGACGAUUUAUGACAUGCUGGUGGAGACAGGCGAGCUGGAUAACACCUAUAUCGUCUACACCGCCGACCAUGGCUACCACAUCGGCCAGUUUGGCCUGGUGAAAGGGAAGUCCAUGCCGUAUGAAUUCGACAUCAGGGUCCCGUUCUAUGUGCGGGGCCCCAACGUGGAGGCCGGUUCUCUGAACCCACACAUCGUCCUCAACAUCGACCUGGCCCCCACCAUCCUGGAUAUCGCUGGUCUGGACAUCCCUGCAGACAUGGACGGAAAAUCCAUCCUCAAGCUGCUAGACACGGAGCGGCCUGUGAAUCGGUUUCACCUGAAAAAGAAGCUGCGUGUCUGGCGAGAUUCCUUCCUUGUGGAAAGGGGCAAACUGCUCCACAAGAGGGACAGUGACAAGGUGGAUGCCCAAGAAGAGAACUUCCUUCCCAAGUAUCAGCGCGUGAAGGACCUGUGUCAGCGAGCUGAGUACCAGACAGCCUGCGAGCAGCUGGGCCAGAAGUGGCAGUGCGUGGAGGACGCCUCGGGGAGGCUGAAACUGCACAAGUGCAAGGGCCCUGUGCGGCUAGGUGGUGGUGGCGCCCUCUCCAACCUCGUGCCCAAGUACUCUGGCCAGAGCAGUGAGGCCUGCACCUGUGACAGCGGGGACUACAAGCUGAGCCUGGCCGGCCGUCGGAAAAAGUUCUUCAAGAAGAAGUACAAGGCCAGCUAUGCCCGGAAUCGCUCCAUACGCUCUGUGGCUAUCGAGGUGGAUGGCGAGGUGUACCAUGUAGGCCUGGAUGAUGCAACCCAGCCCCGCAACCUUACCAAGCGACACUGGCCAGGGGCCCCGGUGGACCCGGAUGACAAGGACAGUGGGGGCUUCAGUGGCACUGGAGGCCUCCCAGACUACUCAGCACCCAACCCCAUUAAAGUGACCCACCGGUGCUACAUCCUUGAGAAUGACACAGUCCAGUGUGAUCUGGACCUGUACAAAUCCCUGCAGGCUUGGAAAGACCACAAGCUGCACAUUGACCAUGAGAUUGAAACCCUGCAGAACAAAAUCAAGAACCUGAGGGAAGUCCGAGGUCACCUCAAGAAAAAGCGGCCUGAAGAGUGUGAUUGCCACAAAAUUAGUUACCAUGCCCAGCACAAAGGCCGCCUCAAGCACAAAGGCUCAAGCCUGCACCCUUUCAGGAAGGGUCUGCAGGAGAAGGAUAAGGUGUGGCUGCUGCGGGAGCAGAAGCGCAAGAAGAAACUUCGUAAGCUGCUUAAACGGCUGCAGAACAAUGACACAUGCAGCAUGCCAGGCCUCACGUGCUUCACCCACGACAACCAGCACUGGCAGACGGCACCUCUCUGGACACUGGGGCCCUUCUGCGCAUGCACCAGUGCAAACAAUAACACGUACUGGUGCAUGAGGACUAUCAAUGAGACCCAUAAUUUCCUCUUCUGCGAAUUUGCAACUGGCUUUCUGGAGUACUUCGACCUCAACACAGACCCCUACCAAUUAAUGAAUGCAGUGAACACACUGGACAGAGACGUCCUCAAUCAGCUCCAUGUGCAGCUCAUGGAGCUGAGAAGCUGCAAGGGUUACAAGCAGUGCAACCCCCGGACCCGAAACAUGGACCUGGAUGGAGGAAGCUAUGAGCAAUACAGGCAGUUUCAGCGUCGGAAAUGGCCAGAAAUGAAGAGACCUUCUUCCAAGUCACUGGGACAGCUGUGGGAAGGCUGGGAAGGCUAAGCAGCAGCAGAGAUGAACCUCAAAACACGGAGGCCUUGUCUUGGUGGUACAGGCCAUGAAAACCCACGUGGGAUUCCCAGCAAACCUGUGCUGUAGGCCAGAGACCUGAGAGAGACAGAACCUGCUUUCAGUCAAUGUGGAAAUUCUGGAGGUAACUGUCAGGAGCAGAGACUUCAGGAAGUCCACUUUUGCCCCUGCUUUGCUUUGGAUUAUACCUCACCAGCUGCACAAAAUGCAUUUUCCUAUCAAGAAGGUCACCACUAGCCCUCACUGAGAGACUCGGGAAGAACUGAGUUUUUCAUGGACAUUUUCCCUAGAGGUAAAAGUCACUGGAAUUUUUUUUAAUCAUAAGGGAAUAACAACCCCCUUUUAACCCUCUUAUUUUGACUCAUAACAAAGAAGGAACUAAGAAGCAGGAUGGGUAACUCACAGAUACUGAAACAGCACACAGAAUUUGAUAGUGAGUCAAUAGCACAAAAAAAAAAAAACGGUGACAUUUACCUAGCCCGAUAGCCCUGGUUGCCUCGGAAGAAAUUGCCUUCACUGUACAUAUGUGACUAUUUACAUGUAACCAACACAGGAACUUUUAGGGGAAUCUGACUAAUAAGAAAUCCAAAGUUUCAAGAGUGGUGGUGUCAAUAAACGCUCUAUGGCCAGUGUAAAGAAAAGCCCUUGCUAUUGUGGACAUUUCUGUUCCUGCCCAGCAUUCAUUCCUGUUCUCUGUCCCAGACUGACUUUUUUUAAGGUACUGAAAAAGAAACAAAAAGUUGAUGUAUGUCCCAAGUUUUAAUGACACUGUAUUUGUAAAGAAAUUUUGUAGUAUAAAUAUUGUCGUACAAUGUUUAAAACCCUAGCCAAUGACUACCAAUUGGUAUGAAGAAAUCCUUAAAUUUUGUAAAAGGCCAUUCUUGUGAGUUUUGUCUUUGUUUCAUUUUAAACAAAAAAUUCAUUCAGCACAUUAACAGUCAACACCUUUUUGGAAGGAGAUGCCUUCAAUUUAUAAGAUUUUUAAAGGCGAACAAGUAGUUGAACGUUUAUGUAAAAUUAACCACACUUCAAGGCACAUUACACCAGCUUUGGGAUUUUAUUUUUAGAGUAUUACUCCACAGAAAAGCAGUUCACUUUAGUCAACCCUUCUUUGUGUGCCAGGUACUGUAACCCGGUACAGGUGGUGUGAGGAUUCUAGAGUGGCAAAGUAGGAGGAAGCUCACCAUCACCAGUCCAACCCACUUUUCACUUAACAGAUGGCACAGCUAUGCUCGUGUUUUAUAAAAACAUUUCCAUGCUUAUCAAUGCCCCAAGCUCUCUAGAAAAUAAUUGUCAACUUCACAGAAACUGCACUGUUAGUUAAAAUAGGCUUCCUUAACCUCCUCUUUCACCCUUAAUCCAAUAGUGGUAAGGAAGGAGAAAAAGCAUGCUCUUAGGCUCCAAUUUUAAAUAGAAACCUUUAUUUACAAGGACAUCUGAAAUGGCCAGUCAGCAAAGCAGUCAUAGCUUACCACUCCCAUCUCAUGAUGGUUCAAAAUUCUUUGCAGUGAAGAAUGACUUCAAUUUUUAAGAGACACUUAAUAUAAACUUGAUUGAAACCAAAUUCAUUCUCAAUAGUGCCAGUCAAUUCCUGAGAAUUUAAAUAUUGCUCUCAGAAUGACAUUUCCAUCUUCUUCAGAACUCCAUGUAUUGCCAAGGAAGAGCAGAAGGAGGAAGAAAAAGAACACACUCUGCUUGUUUGUAAAUAGUUUGCCCUGGAGUUGGAGACAACUCCUGUUCAUCCACGGCAGGGGUAAAAUUUCAUCUGUCACAGAGCAUUUGCUCUUGUGAACUCCUUACUUGUGAACAAAAUUCAUGGCUUCUGGAAAUAAAAGGGGACCUGGACCGGCAUGUGAGAAACUGGCAGUCUCUUCUCUGUUUUUACUUUCCAGCUGCACUGACCUGAAUCAAAGAACUUCUAGGACUUUAAACCAAUAGGCCCCCGACUCACCUUAGAUAUUCAAUCCCGAUGAUCUAAGAGCACUGUUUAUUGAUAUUUAUACCUUUGAUCCAGAUGCACAAUUUAGAAAAAUGGCAUAAUAUGAACAUUAACAAUGCACCCUCUAUUUUUUAUAGGAAGAAACAUGUUAUCUCGUUAAUAUCAUUUUGAUCUUCAUAAAAUAUAUAUUUUUAUUUAUAUAUCUUUGGAUUCAGCAAAAAAGUACUGGAAAUAUCCCACAUUCUAAAAGCAGAUGAAAAGAUUACUUAUGUUGUUCACGCAACAGAUACCUAGGUUUAUAAAGGGGUGGGGGAGUGACAAGAGGUAGGCAGCAGGAAUACAAAUGGAAUUACCCAAAAAGAUGAAAGGGCAAUAAAGGUAAAAACAGCAAGUUAUCUCACAGACUCUAUCUAUUAAAAGAAAAUCAAAAUCUUGAGUUUGCACCAAUAGAAUCAACACUUAGGAGCUAUAAAAACUCAUAAAUUUCA